AUGGAUAAUCCGUUUGAUAUGCACGAGAAAGAGUCAUCUUCCGGUGCCUUCCUACUGCCGACGGAUGGGGAAAUUCUCGAGGGGUUUCUCUGUCCCAUCUGCAAGCGGGAUCUUCGCACACCGGAACGUCUCACGGUGCACGUCGAGCACGAACAUUCCGAGGAGCAGGACCUUUUAAAAUCGUUGAAGGAAAUUUUUAGCCUCGCUCGGCAGGGCAUACUGUCCAAGAGUAAGAAGAAACCAUCGCCGGCGGGACAGGAUGGUAGCGAGCCGUCCGUACCGCGACUCGGUUCGGAGUCGGGUGUCGGUGUCGGUAGCGCCGGUACGAUUAAUAAUCCGUUGCUGCAGCCUGGAUGUAGCCAACCGAUCGGUUGCAGCUGCGAGCAUAUGGCGUACUUCAAGGCGGUACGGAGUCCUCGGUUGGAACGGUAUGCAGCGGAAACGAACAAACUGAUCAUCCGGCUGGACAAGUUGCUGGAUGGGUUGCCAACCGAACCGGACCAGAAGAAGCGGCACGAGCAGAGCAAAGUGCCGUGGAUCGAUGGUAAGCUGGUGAAGCUGUGUCCGACCUGUGCGAAGAGCUUCGGUAUUACGCGCCGUCAGCAUCACUGCCGGGUGUGUGGUUCGGUGAUGUGUGAUGGCUGUUCCCGAUACCUAACGCUGGAAGAAGCGGGCCGGCUGGUGAACCCGACCGCCAUCAGUCCGGCGUCCGGCGUACCAUUGCAAACGGAACCGGAGGAUGCAACACCCCCGGUAAACGAAUCGUCCCACUUCCGGGUGUGCGAGCACUGUAUGCGGUUGCUGCUGAUCCGGAUGGAAACGCAGGACUGGAAGCGCGAGCGGCCGUUGGUAAGGCAGUAUUACGAAGCGCUGCGCAAGGAACGUACCGACAUUGAACCCCACAUCGGGAUGUAUCGGAAGAUUUUGGCGAGUUUGUACGAGGGUGACGUAAUUUACCGUCUGUCGGAUGCGUCCACGUUGCGGGAAAAAAUUGGCCGAUCGGCGGAAAAGCUAGACAAUGUUAGCAAGAGCUUGCAGACGCUCCGGUCGGCAGUCGGUAGCCGGGAGGAUGCGCUCAAGAAAGCUAUCCGGCUUGGAACCAUCUCGUACAUCAAGGAGCGGAUGCUAUCGAUCCCACCAUUACCGGUUGAGGAGGAAAUCAAAAAGAUACAGCUCCGCAAACGGCAAGAAACGGAACGGCGGAUCGAGCGUGAGCGACAGCUAGCGCUGGAAGCAUUCGAACGCCUGGAGCUCCAGUCCGCCGGUGGAAGCAUCGAUAGCAGCUUGAAUGACCGACCGAACGGAAGUUCCUCUAGCUCCAGUACCGCAUCGACGGCGGAAAUGACAAACGGCCGGUACGGUGCGGCUGUUUCGACGAUGGACAACUGGACCGGUACGCAAACCGGUCCUACGGCCAACAUCACAUCCGAUCCGCUCAUCGAUCAGAUUAAUAUCGUCAAGGGUUACAUACGACAGGCGAGGGCAGCACUUCGCUUCGAGGAAGUCGCCACACUCGAGCGUAAUUUAAGUGAGCUCACGCAAGAGUUCUACUAUCGCCAGCGGUUGGAACCAGCCGAUGAGACCACCAAACAACCGGAGACGCAGUAA